AUGUCACCUCAAAACGCGGGUAGAUACAGGCCCAGGUGCGUCUCGGAGCCGGUGUUUGGCCCGGGAUACGGUGCGUCUCUGCUGAAGGCGCGCGGCUCGGUGUCAGACAACGAGAUCUCUGCGCGCUCCGGAUCCGCGGCGGAGCGCGCGGUGAGCUGCGUCCUGGUCGGGGACGGCGCCGUGGGGAAGACCAGCCUCGUCGUGAGCUACACCACCAACGGGUACCCCACCGAGUACGUGCCCACCGCCUUCGACAACUUCACAGUGGUGGUGGUGGUGGAUGGGAGACCAGUGCGGCUGCAGCUCUGUGACACAGCGGGGCAGAGGUGGGGACUGGAGGACGGAGACAUCAAUGACGAGCUGGAGCGUCUUCGUCCUCUGUGCUACCAGAACGCCGACGUCUUCCUCCUCUGCUACAGCGUGGUCCGGCCCGGCUCCUUCCACAACCUCACCCAGCGCUGGCUCCCCGAGAUCCGGCUCCAGCGGCCCCACGCCCCCCUGCUGCUGGUGGGGACCCAGGUGGACCUCCGCGAAGACGUCCAAGUCCUCAUCCAGCUGGCCCAGAACCAGCAGCGUCCCGUGGGCAUGGAGGAGGGCAGGAGGCUGGCCCUGGAGCUGGGGGCCGCCGGUUUCUGGGAGUGUUCGGCCCUCACGCAGAAGGACCUCAAAGACACGUUCGACGCAGCGAUUCUGGCCUCGCUGGGGGAGAGGGAUGAGGGGGAGGAGGAGGAUGGGGAGGAGGAGGAGGGGAGGAGAAAGAGGGGAGAGACACUCAGACUGACUCUCAAGAGGAAGACUCCGGAGAAGAUGAAGAGCCUGAGCGAGUCGUGGUGGAAGAGGAUGAACUGUCUGAUGGGAGAGCACAGCUGUGGCCUCAUAUGA